GUAUCGCUCUAAGUUUAAGUCAGGAUGAUGGAAAAGCAGUAAAAGCCAACAAAAGUUCAGGCGAGCAGAAGUCACGUCGAUAAUCAUUUGAGUGAAACUGAAUACGUCGAGGAUAAAUCGGUUCGCCAUCUUCGAAGAGGGAUCCGAAUCUGCAUAUUUCGUGAGCUGAUAAACAUGGCAAGAACUACAGAUCGUUGAAAACUUCAAUUUGGACCUGCUUAUUUCCAUAAGUUUGAAGAUUACAGCUUCAUGAUGAUGGUGCCGAGACCCGUCCGCCAUUUUGGUCAGCUGUUAAUCGCUCUUCUGUUCCUCUUGGGAAUAAAGACCUGGAGCAACAGCAGCUUCGAAGUCACUCAAGAAAAGGGUAGGGAUGCCAUUCUUAGAAAAUCGACCAAUUUAUCAGGAGGCGCGUCCCUCCCUCGGGCACCCCCAGAGGGCGCGGCGCCCCCGGCCCCCACGUCCCCCCCGGCAGGCUCCACCGUCCUCGUGCUCAGCUCCGUCGGCCGCAGCGGCUCCUCCUUCCUCGCCGAGCUCCUGUCGCAGCGACCGAACACUUUCUACAGCUUCGAGCCGAUGCACUACUACGAGAAGAGCACCAGGAUGGCACUCAGCCCCCGCCUGGCCUGGGACAUCGUCGAGGCCCUCUCCAGCUGCCGCCUCGAGGAGCACUGGCUGAGGACGACGGCGAGGAGGGGCCUCCUGCGCUCGGAGGCGGGGGCCAUCUGCCAGACGACGGACGCCGAGCUGGCCGUCAGCUGCGGCGGGGAAUCCUGCCGCAACAGGAGCCACCUGCUGGUGAAGACGAUCCGCAUGCGGGUGUCAUGGCUCCCCGAGCUGCUGCUCCGCCUCGGCCCCGGGCUGAGGGUCGUCCACCUGGUGCGGGACCCCAGGGCCUCCUUCAGGUCCAGCGUCACCUACGCGCCGUCGCAGAAGGACCACACGACCUACUGCCCGCUCAUUCUGGAGGAUCUGUUCAUGGUGGACACCGUGAAGAAGCUCUUCCCCGGGGCGAUGGCGUCGGUCAAGUACGAGGACCUGUGUCUCGACGCGGAAGGAGUUGCCACUGACCUCUGGCGGUUUAUCUCCGGGGACAGCACGGCGGCCCUCCCUCCCUCGUGGGCGCGCUACAUCCAGGUCCACACAGCGCCCUCCAAGGCCGGCAGAGGAGCCUACAACACCUGGCGAGACUCGCAGAAGGAGGCCGAGCAGUGGCGCCAAGAAAUCGACGAGGACCUGCUCCUUGGCGUCGAGAAAUCGUGCGGCCAAGUGAUCGAGCUUUUGGGCCACAACAAGUUCCAUUCCUUGGCCAACGCCAGGAACUGGUCCUUCCCUUUGAGACGAACGCCGAGGGCCCUGUACUCGCACAUCGACGUUCCGUAAAUCGUUGCCGUUUGUGCUGUUGUCGCCAUUCUGUGCUGGAAUCCCUUUCGAGAAAGCAUGGAGAUUACUCGUUCAAUUCUGACUUCCUGGUCGCCAAAUUAUUCCUUUGUGGGCUUCCUUGUGUUUCCAGAGAUAUUUUUUAUCUAGAGACAAAAAAAAGGCAAAGUUUUGUACGAUAUGACUAUAAUCUGCGAAAUGAAUCAUCUAAUUUUGCUGCAUUUACUUCUAAUCCUUUUCCUGGCCAGGAAUAUGCUCCCUCGGGUCAUAGUGUAUCUCUUCAGAAUAAACUACUAGCAUAAUGGACCGUGAA